GGCGCGCGGGUUUCGUGGAAGAACCGGAAGCAGCUCGUCAACGGGCUGGGCCUGGGGGGGGACAUGGCGGCCGGCGGUCGUUUCCUCACGAAGCUGUUGCCCUCGCUGAGCGCGGCGGCGAGGUGCCUGCGUUCCUCGGCCUCGUACAGGAGCUUGCAGCGAGGAUGCCGGCGGCGGGAAGGGUCGGACCGACGUUUGUUGAGCACGGCUGCCCGGUUACUGAGUUCAGAAGAUAAAGUGAAGGUCAAUUUUAUUAACCGUGAUGGAGAGAAACUUACAGCAGUGGGAAAUUUAGGUGAUACUCUAUUAGAUGUUGUCAUUGAAAAUGAUCUGGACAUUGAUGGUUUUGGUGCUUGUGAAGGAACCUUGGCUUGCUCUACAUGUCAUCUACUUUUUGAGGAACCCAUUUAUAAGAAGCUGGACUGCAUCACAGAUGAAGAGAUGGAUAUGUUAGACCUUGCAUAUGGUCUCACUGACACAUCUCGUUUGGGUUGCCAGAUUUGCCUUAAGAAGUGUAUGGAUGGAAUGACGGUAGAGGUUCCAAACGAUGUUUCUGAUGCAAGAGAAACCAAGGACUUUAGUUCGUGCUCCUAACGUGAUCAAUCUAAGUCGCAAAGUAUGCAUGGCUCAAUUCUCUUUGAUAACCCGAAGAACAGAAAUAAAAUAUUUAGUUAAACUGGGUUACUUAAUAUUAAAUAGAUCUGUGAUUGUUUUAAUUUGUGGAGAAUAAUUUCAUUAGGCUAUCAUUUUGGAUAUUUACAUAGAUAAAUUGCUUAACUGACUAGCCGCUGUGUACACAGCGUAUAGUUUAACACAGGACUUGGGGAUGAUGAAUUAUAUUUAAAGUCAUAAUGUUAACAGAUUUUUAAAAUAUCUUUGAAAUUCACACUGAAAGCAUACUACAACAUGGGAUUAUCUAGCAAUCUUUAAACAGCAAUUGUAAGGUGGUAUUAACAUAGUUACUAAUGUUGAAUUUUGCUGGCAGUAUUAGACACCAUAAAUGUUUUAAAUGCAAAGGCAAGCAAGGUACUUUUCUUAAAUUGUGUUACAAGUUGGACUGGAAAGAGAUUUAGGGGGAGAUAAAAAUGCUGUAAGUACUCAGCAGAUCACAUUCCAUCUGUAGAGAGAGAAACUUAACAUUUCAGGUCGAUUAAUUUUCUUCAGAAUCAGGAACGUCAAAAUUGAAUAUCUUUUAAGAUGCAGAGAACAGAUGGAUGGUGAGAACAAAGGAAAUGACUGAUACCAUAAGAAGCGGGAAUAGGCCAAUUAGUCCCUCAAGCCUGCACCUUAAUUCAAUCAGAAUUUAUGUCAAGAAAUCCAAUCUUGGGCUCAAUAAUAAUAAAUCAAUACCAAUGCCGCUUCCUACUGUCUCAAUACCUUUUGAGUCCUUUGUAGUUAAAGUAUAUCUCUGCCUUAAUAGGUCUCUGGGGAAGAAAUACCAAAGGUUUACAAGUCUUGGAGAAGAAAUUCUUCCUUAUCUCUAGUUUAAAGGGGAACAAUGCGCCUUGUUAAUUUCCCUCAGAAUCUUGCGUUUCUUAGUAAGAUUACUUCUCAUUUUCAAAACUCCAAUGAUGAAAGACUCAACAUUUCUUUAUCAUAUUUACAACACAGGAGCUAACCAAGCGAACCUUUUUGCUGUUUCCAAUGCAAGUAUGUUGUCUAUUACCUUCUCUGAUUCUCUGCGCUCACCGUGAAGUACAAGAGUAAUCGCUAAUUAUUGUUAGUGCUUUCGAUCCAUUCAAAGUACAGUAUAUCACAUGGGAAAUAUCAUAUAUCAGGUUUCCCAGUAACUUGGACUGAUUAGUGUUGAGCAGAAUAGUGUUGAAAGGUGCAGGUAAUGCUUGUGUUACCGCAAUUCAGGUAAUCGAGAUUUGCCCUUAUGGAGUUCACAAAUCAUUACUAGAAUAUCUGGGAUACGGAAUAAAAAUAUCAAAUGAAAUUUAUGUCAAGAAAUAAAUUUAAAUAAAAUAAACUUUUUCAACUCAUUUGCUGACACAGGCACAGUUGAAGCAGCUACACAUUGUGGAACAUCGUGCUGUAGACAGUUUCCUAAUAAUGCAGAACUUCCCUCUCUCUGUUGUGAUGUGUGACUCGCCUGUAUUAGGCUGCUUGCAACUGUAAGACCCAGCUUCCAUGCAGCACAUGCUUAAUGGCAAAAGCCAGAGCACAUUUGGAGUGGCCAUUCUGUUAGGCAGUAUAGCAUUAGGCCAUUGUUUGUCUGAAGUCAUUGAAAGUGGAAACUAUGCUCUGUUAAGAGUGCAGACACUACUGGGGCACAUACAAAGUUCUGCCAGGCCAGCAAUUAUAACUGGUUAAGGCCAUUCUGCAUUAAGAACAUGAGGGCCAUCAGAAAACUAUUCUGAACAAAUCCAGAAAGUGACUGCUAGAGAUACAGAGCAGAAACAGGCCCUUCUGCCCAUUGAGUCCGGGCCGAUCCCUUACAUUAACACACUGGGGACAAUUUGCAGUUUUACCAAAGAUAAUUAACCUACAAACCUGUGCGUCUUUGGAACACCCAGAGAAACACCACGCGGUCACAGGGAGAAUGUACAAACUCCGUACAGACAGCACCCGUAGUCAGGAUUGAACCUGGCUAUGGGUGUUAAAAUGUUAAAACUCUCACCACAACCACCCUGGUUGUCACAUGUUUGUUUUUGUUUCUGUGUGUAUGCAUGCAUGCCGUUACUUCACUAUAAUAGAAACAAAAUGCUAAGGACACUCAACAGGUCUGGCCGCAUCUAUGGAAAGAAACUGAGUGAAUAUUUUAGCUUUUAGUAUUUUAGUAUGGAGGAAAAAACCCCAAGAAUUUCCUGAUUUUUGUUAAUUCUGAUUUCCAACCUCUGCACAAGUAACUGCAAAUGCUGAAAUCUUGGAACAAAACAAAAAGUGCUGGAGGAACUCAGUGGGUCAGGCAGCAUCUGUGGAGGGAAUGGACAGAUAUUUUGGGUCGGCCCCCUUUCAUAUCACUGCUGCCAUCAGAGUACCCUUUCAGAAUUGCCCCAGGAAGCUUAAAUUCUUACCUGCUUCAUUAAUAUACUUAUUAACAUUACCCACUACUUGCUAACAUUGCCAUCUGUCAUACGUGUGUGUGUGUAUGUGUUAUAUAAGAUGUAAUUAUACUGCUAAAUACUUCAAUGUUCAUUCUGUUGUGCAGAAUAUUAUAGCUAUAUAACAGCACAUGGUUGUUAAUAUUCAUAUCCUGUUUCUUCCGUCUAUACACCGUACUGAUGUCAGGGGUUAUGGGGAGAAGGCAGGAGACUGGGAUAAGGAGGGAGAGAUAGAUCAGCCAUGAUUGAAUGGUGGAGUAGACUUGAUGAGCUGAAUGGUCUAAUUCUGCUCUUAUUACUUAUUUCAAUGCUUUCUGUUUGAGCGUGGUAAAUAAUAAUCUCAGCACAAUUUAGCUGCAUUUACAAAGUCUGAUUACAUCCAGUAUUUUCACGAAAGGAUUAUCAGAGCUCAAGAGAAGUCAUUAGCUUUGCUACUUUCUGUAUCCUGUGAGCAUGUACUUUUUAUCUACAAGCAGUGCCAAUAUCACGAUUCAAAACUCUUUAAGACGAGCAUUUCCACAAAAAUUAAACUCAAUACUUUAAAAAAAAGUUUAAAUUAUAUCUCCAAUUUACUGUAUUUGUUGGUGGAGUUAUUUCCUUUCUCAAAAAAGCUGUUAAAUGUCAACAAUAGAAAAUUGCUUUUAAUAUAUACUUGUAAUUUGACAGUUAAUACUGUUCACAAAACAAGGAUUUUUUGUGUGUGUUCUGCGUUACUAUAUUAACUUUGUCAUCUUCUCACAAUGUUAUUUUGUUCACACUCUAAUGGAAAUCAGUUGUAGCCACAACGAACUGCAGAUUCUGGUUGACAAAAAAAGACACAGUUCUGUAGUAACUUAGUGGGUCAGACAGCAUCUCUGGAGACCUUUGAUAGGUAAACGUUUCGGGUCUAAACAUCAUCUAUCCAUGUUCUUCUGAGAUGCCACCUGACCCGCUGAGUUACUCCAGCACUUUGUAUAUUUUAAUAAAAAUUAGUUUUGUUUUCACUUGUCAUACAUCAUCCAUAAUUGGAUGAAAUAUUUUUAUGCAAUAGAUUUGCACAACACCAACAGAGAGCACUUUAUUCCAUGAACCAGCAUUAGCUCCUUUUAAAAACACAUUAAUCUCUCUUUUUAUUCCUUGCCAAAAUAAUUCUUUUGAAUCUAAUUAAUAAAUUUGUUUCCACCAUCCUUUUAGAUAUUGUAUUCCAUAUUGCAUCAGUUUCAUCAGUAAAUAAAUGUUUCCUCACAUCGGACGGUCCUUUAACUGUUUGGACAGUCACUGUAAAUCUAGUUAUCAAUCUUUCAAUCAAUGAAAACUCUCUUUUAUUUGCACAAACAGAAACAUACAUUGCUUUCAGAAAACCUCUUCUUAAUUACUAAUUUAUAGAACAACACUUGCUUCUUUAGUCACUCAAUAUAAUGAAAUCACUCAGCCUUAAUGCAAUUAGUUAAUUGUUAUGACACUUUCACUAAGUUCUAGACAUCCUCCUCAAGGUUUGUCGCAGACUUAAACAAAAUUCUCCAGCUGCUAUUGUUGCUGCGUUCUAUAAAAGAUGAGCAGACUUCCUUGUUUUUAUACUCUUAAAGCCGUGAAUGUCCUAACACAAAAAAAUCACAAUAUGUGCUACCUCCUUCAGAGGUUUGUGUAUGCAAUCCCCAGAGCUGCAAUAUUAUUCUUUGGCAGUCCCUCAAAAUCAAAAAUGACUUAAUUCUACUUGGGUUUUGUGGGUUCUGAGGUGGCUAAAGAGACCGAUGUAGAAACCACAUAUUUCCACAGACUGGGCUGCUGGUGAUUGGCAGUAUGGGUUAGUGGUUUGUCUGGGAUGUGAUUCUGCCACUUACAUGGUGCCUCUGCACAGCCUCGAGAUGUCAAACUUUCCCAAAUGCUUUCUCUUUGUGACCCAAAAUUUCCAAGAGCCAUAAAAUGAUUCAAUCGUGGAGUCAUGUUUAAGAGGAACAGAUAGUUCGGCCCGCGGAUUCAUGCAACCAUCAAGACUGCCUUCAUACUAAUUCCAUUUGUUCAAAUAUUCUCCACAUUCCCAUCAAUUUCACCUGGAUGCAGCUGAGAGUUAAUACUCUGUGGCAGACACAAAGUGCUGGAGCGACUCAGUGGGUCAGGCAGUAUCUCUGGAGAACAUGGAGACUAAAAGUUUAGGGUUGAGAAGAUUCUUCAGACUCCGUGAGUUAUUUCGGGAUGGAGAUGGUGAUACCGACUUACAUAAAAUCUGGAUUACGUAAGAGUUCUGCAUUUGUUCUUGAAUCAGUCUAAAAAAGGGUCCAAACCCAAAACGUUACAUGUCCGUUUCCUCUCCAGAUGCUGCCUGACCUGCUGAGAUCCUUCAGUGCUUUGUGUUUUGCUCAAGAUGCCAACUUCUAGUGUGUGCACAGUAACGAACCUUUGUCUCAACAUCUUCAAACAGAAUUUUGGUUUUACAUACAAACUUCAUGAAAGAAUUGCUAGUCAAGACAAAACAAGACAGAUAAAUGACACACCUGAGAACCAAGGCAGUUCAGUUUGAGUUAAAACAGAGAUUUGCUAAGCUACAAAACAGCUUUCACGUGACAGUGGUGAGUUACUACAGCACUUCUGUCUUUUUACACGGAGAUCUUUUCCCAUUACACAGAAAAGGUCAGAUCCCUGUGAACACCUGAUCUGAACAUGAUAACAGUUCUAUCCGAAUGUCCAAAAUGCCGGCUGUGAUUAGCGGUAGAACUGUAGCCAGCACCAAAUAAUAAGCAGGUACACAAAAAUGCUGGAGAAACUCAGCGGGUGCAGCAGCAUCUAUGGAGCGAAGGAAAUAGGCAACGUUUCGGGCUGAAACCCUUCUUCAGAAUAAUAAGCAGUCUGGUUGCUGUAUCUGAAAUCCACAGAUCCAAAAGGACAGGAACAAAGAUAUUUAUGCUGACAGAUGCCUUAAAGUCAGAGCUAAUCAAUUGGAUCAGCAAGGAUACCACUGUAUGUCCCUAUUUAGAUAAUUUUAAGUACAAGGAAAUAAUAUUUUCCAGCCAUUUCAAACAUCUUUUUGAAUAUUUAACUAUUUCAAUUCAUAUUUUGUUCAGCUUGUUGAAUCACUAUUUUAAUGAAAGUGACAUUUGAUAUUUUGUAUGUAAAAUCGCAUUGAAAUAUUAAAUGAUAUUAAAAUUGUCA